AUGGUUCAUACAUGUGAAAUGAUAUUUCUUUUUGAUCUCGAUGGUACUUUAACUGAACCUAAAAAAACUAUUAAACCAGAACAUUGGAAAUUUUGGAAAGAAAUUUCUAAAACACAUACAUUGGGACUUGUUGGCUCUUCUGGUAUCAACAAUAUUUUAAAACAAAUGAAUGUUUCUGAAGAAGAAUUAUCAACAAUAUUUCCCUAUAUUUUUAGUGAAAAUGGUUUGGAUGGUAGAAUAAAUGGUCAUCCAAUACCAAAACAAUCAUUACUUAAGUUUUUAGGUGAAGAAAAGUAUCAAAAUCUUGUAAAUUAUGUUUUAAAUAUGUUUUCUGAGAUUAAAUUACCAAAAAAAAGGAGUCAUUUUAUAGACCUUCGUCAUGGUUUGGUUAAUAUUUCACCUAUUGGAAGAGAUUGUACUUAUCAGGAAAGAGAAGAAUUUAUGGAAUAUGAUAAGAAAAAUAAUAUUCGUACUAAUAUUGUUAAUCGUUUGAAAGAAAAUUUUCAACAUUAUGGUUUAGACUUUGUUCUUGGUGGUCAAAUAUCAAUAGAUAUUUUUCCUAAUGGAUGGGACAAACGUUUUUGUCUUAAUUAUUUAGAAGGAAAAUUUUCAAAAAUAUAUUUUUUUGGUGAUAAAACAUUUCCAGGUGGUAAUGAUUAUGGUAUAUGUUCUGAUGAUAGAACAAUCGCCCACACUGUUACUGGUCCCAUUGAUACAAUACUACAAGUACAAAAAAUUAUUAAUAACAUUUAUUUACAAUAA